AUGGCCACGGGAAUGCGAACGAAGAGAGUGGCCAAGGAGCGCCAAAAGAUAGAGAAAUUCGGUCUACCUCCCGGUAUAGAGCUCGUGGACGGCGAAGACUUGAAGGAAUGGCUCUUUGACAUUCGUGUCUUGGACAACAACCCUCUGUAUCAGGAUAAUGUCUAUCGGCUGAAAUUCGUCUUCUUCGAUUCGUACCCCAUAGAGCCCCCAGAGGUCACCUUUGUCGACAAACCAACCCGCCCAGUCCCCAUGCACCCACACAUCUACUCGAACGGAAUCAUAUGCCUUGACCUUUUGGGAAAUCAGGGAUGGAGCCCUGUCCAAAGCGCCGAGAGCAUCUGCAUGAGCAUACAAAGCAUGCUUACCAGCAACAGCAAGAACGAGCGACCGCCUGGCGAUGCAGAGUUUGUGCGUGUGAACAGACAGCGACCACGAGAUAUAGAAUUCUUGUAUCACGACAAUACCGUGUAA